AUGACCCAAAGAAAACAAAACAGAAAACCUAAUUUCGUUUUCGGUAUAAAUAGUAUUUGCAGAUUUGAGAACUCUUUCACUUUCGCAGAAAUCUACAGCAGCGGCGUCGUUUGGUCUCACCGGCGAGAAUCAAGCAAAAAGCAAUCAGCCAUGGGACACAGCAACGUUUGGAAUUCUCACCCCAAGACCUACGGUCCUGGUUCACGCACUUGCCGUGUGUGUGGGAAUUCACAUGGAUUGAUUAGGAAGUAUGGACUCAUGUGCUGUAGGCAGUGCUUCCAUAGCAAUGCCAAGGAAAUUGGUUUCAUCAAGUACCGUUGA